AUGGUGUUGCCUCAGCAUGCUUUGAUGCCUCAACCAAAUUCAUCUCUUCCAACUUCUACAGUAACACUCAAAUGCAUUUGAUCAAAUGGCUGAGAAAAGCAAAAUUCUCAUCAUUGGAGCAACUGGUUGUAUUGGUAAAUACGUAGUGGAAGCAAGUGCAAAAGUCGGACACCCCACUUUUGCUUUUGUUAGAGAAAGCACACUUAAUUUUAACCGUGUUGAGGCUAAACUUGUUGACCAUUUCAAGAGUAUUGGUGUCACUAUUCUUCAUGGUGAUCUGUAUUGUCAUCAGAGCUUAGUGAAUGCUAUAAAGCAAGUGGAUGUAGUGAUAUCAACAUUGGGUGCGAUGGAAUUGGCUGAUCAAGUUUUUAUCAUUACUGCUAUAAAAGAAGUUGGCAAUAUUAAGAGAUUCUUCCCUUCAGAGUUUGGUAUGGAUGUUGACAAGGUUAAUGCUGUGGAGCCAAUAAAGUCUAUGUUAGCUGAGAAAGCCCAAAUCCGCAGAGCUAUUGAAGCUGAAGGAAUUCCUUAUACUUACGUCUCAUGCGACAGCUUUGUUAGUUUUCUUUUACCAACUUUGGUCUAUCUUGAGCCAGGAGCCACUGCUCCCCCUAGAGACAAAAUCCUCAUUCUUGGCGAUGGAAAUGUUAAGGCUGUGUUCAACGAAGAACGCGAUAUUGCCACCUACACCAUUAAGGCUGUUGAUGAUCCGAGAACGUUGAACAAGACCCUUUACAUCAAGCCUCCUAAGAACACGUUAUCGUUCAACGAGCUCGUGGCUAUGUGGGAGAAAAUGAUUGGUAAAACUGUGGAGAAAAUCUACAUUCCAGAGAAGCAAAUUCUCAAACACAUCAAGACAUCUCCUGUUCCAAUAAAUAUCUUAUUAGCACUUAACCACACAACAUUUGUGAAGGGUGAUCAAACCAAUUUUGAGAUCGAUCCAUUGUUCAGGGUUGAGGCUUCAGAACUUUAUCCAGAUGUCAAGUACACCACUGUGGAGGAGUACCUUGGUCAAUUUGUCUAAUAUUCACACGUUUGACGUCUCCGAUCGCUAAACUAAAUCGUUAAACGAAGAAGGUUGUUCGAACAUUUUGCCAGGAACUAUAUGUAUCUGUCACCUGUUUUAAGUUUAUUUAUGUUUUUAUAUCCAUUUCGAGUACUAUAUGAAACUAAAUAAAAUCGAAAUAUGUUGGUGUCUUUUUGAUUUUGUGUUAUUGUCGACCUUCUUCUGCCAAAUUUUAAGCGUUAUUGAGCUGAUGUAACCUUGAUGAGUCUCGUAGAGAUGAGAAAUGGCUCAAAAAAUUAGUUCCU